UGAAAAAGGGUGCGUUCCUUGAACAUUUCGUAACGUGCUGUAUACAAUAAUCGUCAAUUGACGAACUUACACGAUGAUUUCUUCUCGUUUCGGGAUAUGCCAGUCAGCUAUUACAAAAUGUAUAAAACAGCAUGCUUUGGCGUAUCACAAGAAUGUCAUAGAUCAUUAUGAGAACCCUCGUAAUGUAGGCUCAUUCGAUAAGAAAGACAUGUCUGUCGGUACUGGUUUGGUUGGUGCACCGGCCUGUGGAGAUGUUAUGAAGCUCCAAAUAAAGGUGGAUGAAAAUGGGAAAAUAAUAGAUGCAAAGUUUAAAACAUUUGGUUGUGGUUCCGCAAUUGCAUCCAGUUCACUGGCGACUGAAUGGGUUAAAGGCAAAACAAUUGAUGAAGCUGCAAAAAUAAAAAAUAGUGAUAUCGCCAAAGAACUAAAACUUCCACCUGUCAAAUUGCACUGUUCUAUGCUUGCCGAAGAUGCUAUCCAGGCUGCUAUUAAAGAUUACAAGAAAAAGUCUACUUGAGUAUUACUUUAUAUGCACAAAUCAAUCCCAAUCAUAUUCGACGUCAUAAUUUCUCAUCUCACUUGGAUAGACAUUAUUGUAAAUCAUAAGCACUAUAUUGAAAGUAAUUUUGUCAUCUAACAAAUUUAACCAUAGAUACAGAGAUACUCUCAUAAAAAUAAAACUUAUUUUCAUCUACU